GGGUUGGAACUGGAAACAGAGAGAUUCUGCAACUGUAAUAAACUGGCUUGAUAACUCUCUAUUUGAAAAAAAAAAAAAAAAAAAAAAAGGUAAUCAAGAUGAGGAAAAAUAAGCAAGAUGAACUGUGGGACGAUUCUGCCCUGAUUAACGCCUUCAAUGAUGCCAUCUCCAAGUACAAGAAAAUGCAUAUUCAAGGAAGCCAAGUCAGCUCAGCUGAUGGUCAAGAACAUGCUGGAAGAGUUGAUGAGAUAAGUGAUGACAACAAGGUUCCAUCAAACAGCGCUGCUGAAACAGAAGAAAAUGGUAAUGUGCCAACUGUCAAAGAAUCAUCUUUUUUGGAAUCAGAAGCUCCUGAAGACCAUGUAGUUUCAUCUACUGGGCAAGGCAUCCAUCAAGAGCCUGUGGGUUAUCUAAACUUGCAGACUACUGAACACUACAAUCAGUUGGUAAACAAAUAUUAUGAGCUUGAGGAUCAGAGGCAAAAGAUUCUGCAGCAACUUAACCAGUUUGGUUAUUGGAAUUAUGAUUCUGGUUUAACUGCUUCCGUGUCUCAAGAGCCUGAAACCUCUACUUCCCAAGCUUAUCCAACAGUUCCAAGUUCUUUCUGUCCUUAUGGGUGUCAAAGUUGGGUAGCUCCAUGCACUUCAGUACCUUGUUAUUUCUCUGGUGGAGCUUGUGCUGGAAACUCUUGCAAUGCUUCUGCAAAAGGUGCUACUACUAAAAACUUAACAUCUCCAGGAGAAACUGAUUCUGUUAAAACAGCAAUGUUUGCUGCAGAACAAGCACUGUCUUCCUUGAAGGAACAAGCUUGCGCUAAUUGUGAUGCUUCUGUAAAUGAAGGGAAAGAGAAACAGUCACAGAAAAAUUUGUGUCAUUUGGAGAAAAGUACCAGUUCGGAAACAGAUCUUACUGUUGUUUUGAAUGCUUGGUAUUCUGCUGGUUUCUACACUGGCAAGUAUCUUACCGAGCAGUCUUCUGCUAGGCACGGACAUGACUAAGCCUCGCAUGUUUCAGCAAAGAAAAUUUGAUUCUUCAAGAACUUGUAUCCGUCAUGUGUGCAAUGAAGAUCUUGCUCUAUUAACAUCUAAUGGCAAACGAGAAGUGGGAUUAUGGUACCCAUGCCAUGACCAGGCAGCAAUGCAAGCUCGUCUCAAAACUCUGGACUCCUUUGUUAGACAGCUAUGUGUGUAGUUUCUUCUCUGUACCAGGGGAUAUUUGAGGAAGUAUCAACGGAUCCUUGUAAAGUCGCAAUAUUGGCCAUUGGCAUCUUAUAAGAGAGCUAAUAUUCGGUAGGUAGAAAAAUUGUCUUCUACAAUUGCGAAUCUGGAAGCGAAGAUAAUGAACCAAGCAACUUUCCGUCG